GUGCGCGCUUGUGCGGAGCCGGAGGUGGGGGCCGAACCAGCCGAGGUUGCGGGGGCCGCAGAGCCGGACGAAGACGGAGGGCGGAGCCGGCUUCGGGACUGCGGAGACUACACACCGAGCGAGCGUCUGGGCCCGAAGGGAGCGAUGCUGUGGUUCCAGGGCGCCAUUCCGGCCGCCAUCGCGACGGCCAAAAGGAGCGGCGCGGUCUUCGUGGUGUUCGUGGCAGGUGAAGGAGGCAGGGGUUCGAGAGGCGGCCGGGACACCCCUCCGGCCUACCUUCAUCCUCUUGUAUACCUCAGCCGCCGGCCCGCCCUCCCCGAGACGCGGGCUCCUGUCGGCUCGCACAACUGCCACUACUACCCCGCGCCCCAGGGACGGCUGCGACUCCGCCGCCAGAUCCCCCAGAGGGGCCAUGCAGACCCUCAGCGCCCUGCUCCUUCAGGCCCCGGGCGCCCCCAGCCUUUCCUCAGUGUCUGCGAGGCCCGGGCUGCCGGCCCGUGGCUGUUCAGCGCCUCCCCGGUUCGUUUGAGAUACAGCGGGCCUGGCCCCACCGCUGCGUCUCCGGGCAGCCGGGCCGGAGGCACCGUCUGGCCCUGGUCUCCAAAGCGCCCCGAGGCCCGCCGAAAUCUCCCCGCUCGGGGCGACGGACGCGGCCAGCAGGCCCCAGCCGCCCAGCCCCGCUCGUCGCCCCGAGCCUCUCCCCUGCGCAGCCAGACCCCCGCGACCCUCUCCCUGACGUCCCUCUCUGUCACCAAGGACCCUCUUUGUGCUGCUUGAACGCCCGUUUCGUUACUGCUGUUUAGAUGGAGGUAGGAACGGGCCAUUAGGCAAGCAGUUGGGUUGUAAUUAGUUGUGGACUGUCGGGAAGAAAGCUGUGUCAUCGAUAAGCAACAAAGAGAAACCACCUGAUGUUCACGGUUACUGGUGUUAGUACGUUCCUGAAACGUAAACUUUUGAGCUGAAUAGAGGUUUAAUUUUUCUUAAUGGCAGUCUUGGUAGGGGAUCUAGUGUGAAAUAAUGUUGUAAGUUUAAAAAAAAAUCGAUUAGUUUCAAAGAAAAUAGACGUUCAGUCCUUGGUUUCUUCCCUUUGUUGUCUUCCUAGGCUAAAAUCUACACGACUUUGAGAACGUUUAUUAACUCAUAUAUUCUAUGUUGCUCUAGGCUAUUUUGCUCCAUAUUCUCCUGUUUUAUUACUGAAAUCUUGUAGAUUUACAGUGAACUCCCUGCCUCUACGGUUCUGCUCAUUCUCAUUACAUGGACCAAAUCAAUGUUUGUGGCUGUUGUUAAUUUGAGGUGUAUUUCUUCAACUAUUUGUGUUUAAUAACGGUUUAUUCAUAAUUAACUCAUGUCUUUUAAUAGCUCUAUAACUUAUAUGCACUGCAGUGAAGAACGAAUUACUGAAAUGUGAAUGUCAUUUAGCAUUAAAUUUGGAAUUUAUAAUUGUUUUGUUACGCUAAGUUUUUAGCUCAAUGCUGUUUAUUAGAAGAGCUUGAAUAGUUUAGAUUCUGUGAUGCUGUCUGGGGGUUAUGUUAUACUUUACAUAAAUUAAUUCUGUAAUCCCGUAAGGAAAAAAAUGGAUUGAAAAUGAAAGGAAAAGUAAAUGACACUGUGCUUAUUGUGUACAUUAGUAGGUUUUUGACAUUUUAAAUUGUUUUUCUCCUAAUAUCUCAGUUGAUCCUUGCAGUAAAUAGAACUGGUUUAAUUAUCCCCAUUUUAUAGAUGAGGCACUUAGGUCAGCAGUCAUAAAGUGACUUGCACUAGGGUCACAAAAAGGAUUUACAUGUCUUAACAGUCAAAUUUUUUAGUAGCUUCAAAAAAAACUGGCUUUUUUGUUUCUCAAGGAAAAAACUGAACAAUUUGUAAAUUGGUGAUUUAAAUUGGUAUAGAAAUCAGAAAUUUGGAUUAUGGUAGUCAUGUUUUUGAACAAAUGUCCAAACAUUCCUAGAAGGCACUCUUGAGGUAAAUCAGUUAAUUUAAAAAAAGAAACGAGAGAUUUUUAUUAACAAAUAUUAAUAUUUGGAAACUCUAGUACAAAUUAUUGGAAUAGUUAAAUAAAGUUAUAGGUCUUGCCUUUCGGGGCUUUGUGUAUAUAUAUAUAUACUUUCUUCAAUUAAGUUUUUACUGAUGAGCAUGUAUUACAUGUAUUUAGAAUAUAAUGACUCUUGAAUGUUUGCAGGAAGACUGUUAGCAAUCUCACAAAGGAGUCUCUGUCUGUCCCUUGACCUGUUCCAAAAUCCAGCUAGCUUUUUUAGAGCUUUAGCCAGUUAAUCCCCAAGACUAAGUAGGAUUAGUGUCACUCUAGGAAUAUGUAGAUACUGGACUCAUGAAACCAAAACACUUACAGAUUGCUUAGAGCUUUCUUCAUAACUCUAAAGUCAGAACUCGUGAUUUUCUUAGGUCUAAGAUCUCAGUAAUAAUAUACCAACUUAAUGGAAAAUUUGAAAGAUGUCUUUAUAGCUGGAAGAAGUGAUCUCAAGAGUACACUUUGGUUCAUAGAACUGUUCAAGUGGGAAACGUUUUAGGCAAGUGGUCUUUAGUUAGUGACAUUUUCAUGGAUGAAUUAAAGAAUAUUGUAGAGUUGAUGUUAGGAGACUGGAGAGAUUACUACUACUUCAGCUAACAAAUUAAUAUGAUUUUCAAAGUAUUGUGGCUGUGUAAAGUAAGUGAAACAAAACGAUAUUCAUUUAAUACUUGGGAAGGUAGAAUAAUCUGACGAGACUGAAGUAAAGGUAUCUGUUCACUGGCUAAUGUUGCUAGGUAGGUAGGCCAAACUUUGUUAAUGAUAGACGCCAUUUUCUGCCUUUUUUGGUGAAUGUAGACCACAGAAGCCUUUAGGUUUUGAGCAGUUGAGAUUUUUUUUACAUCGGAAAGACUGGCUGUAUGAGGGUCUGCAACUCUUUGCUUCUGAGUUCGUGUUGCUCUCUUUAAGUGCCUUCGCUUAGGAUACUGCUGAUACAAAGGAUAUGCUGUUUUCUCCUAAAAUCUUAGGCCCACCUAACUUUAUAGUUGAUAAUUUGAUUAAAAAUAAGAAAAGAAAGAUACCAGAGUUAGCAGUCAGUCAUCCCACUCAGUAGUAUUAGGAAAGUUGUCAUUAAGCAUUGAGUAAUUCCAUUCAGCUUUCCACCACUGCUGUUCAAGCAGCUGCUGCCACCACUAGGCUGAGUCUAGGACAGACACUGCCAGUAGGGUUGAGACAUCUGGGACCCUAAUCACAUGGUACAGUAUAGGUGAGGGAGUGAUGCACCAGCCUCACAAGAAGCAAGAUUUAUACUUUCAGCUACUUACGUGAUAUCACUGUUUAGAUCCUCCCAGGAUUCUCAAGCCUAAACGUGUAAGUGCUGCCUAAACCUGUGUUUCUCCCAGUGUUCUGCAUCUGAUUGGCACUACCAUACAUCUGGUUGGAUAAACCAUAAAUAUGAGAGUCAUCUUUGACUCUUAACUCUUCAGUCUCUUCUUGAGCUCCGGAUUGUUCACAACAUUCCAAAUCACAUAGGCCUUUCCCUACACACGUAUUCCUUCUGUGUGGUGAACUCUUCUGGCUGUUGGCAUGGCUGAGCUCUCUUAUCCUUUAGAUUUUAGCUUAACUGUCACCUCAGAGAGGGCUUCUCUGACCAUUAUAAAGAGUUCUCUUGUUAUUUUCUCUCAUAGAUUUCUUUUUAGUAGCAUUUAUUACUGUAAUUAUGUAUAGUGUCUAUUUGUUUAAAAAUUUUGUAUACCAUUAGAUUUUAAGCUCUGUUGAAGGCAGACAAUGUCUCAUUUGGUUUAUAUUUAGUAUACAGUUCAAUGCCUAGAACAAAAUAAAUGCAAUAAAAUAGUGAACAUAUAAAAGAAUGAAUGGAAAGGAUUUCUCAUUCUUCACAGCCUUCUCUGAGAAGGGUUCGUAGUAAGAAUAUUCUCAUAUACUUAUUUUUCUUUGGUAGGUGAGUCAUUUAUUUGGAAUCUUAAUCUCUCCUCAUCAGAUGGUUUCUGAAGAUGCAUUUAGAGUGAUCUCACUUGUAAAUAGUAACUUCUCGUUAUUUUGCAUCUUCAACAUCUAGGAGUCUGCUAAUGGAGCAUUCUUAAUGGAGCAUUUGGUCUGUGGAUGCAUUCUAGUCCCGUUUACUUUUUUUUUCUUUUUUUUUUUUUUUGAGAUGGAGUCUCACUCUGCCGCCAGGCUGGAGUACAGUGGUGCAAUCUCGGCUCACUACAACCUCCACUUCCCUGGUUCAAGCGAUUCUCCUGCCUCAGCCUCCUGAGUAGCUGGGACUACAGGUGUGUGUCACCACGCACAGCUAAUUUUUGUAUUUUUAGUAGAGACGGGGUUUCACCGUGUUGGCCGGGAUGAUCUAGAUCUCUUGACCUCGUGAUCCGUCCGCCUAAGCCUCACAAAGUGAGCCACCGUGCCCGACCCCGUUUACUUUUCCAUGGUCAAAUUUCUCAAACUCCUAUUUCUGGUAUUCCUGAAUCUCAUCUCACAAAAUAUAUGCAAAUAAACAGCAUUAGAGUCAAUUAUUAUAGGCAUGCCAUCAUACUUACUAUAUUAGGCAUUUAGCUAUUCCACAGAGUACUUAUUGGGUGCCUACUAUGUUUUGUAGAGAUUUUAGUCUUGUCAGUAAAUAAAAUGGAACCAAUCCUUGCCUUCAUGGAACCUUCAUUCUAGUUAGGGGAGACAGAUACUAGUAAACAUAAUUAAAAAUGCAUAGUAUAUUGGAAGGUGAUAAGUAAUACAGAAAAACAACAGGAGAUAAGGGAGCUUUGGGAAUGUCUCAAGAGUGUAAUUUUUAAGUGAGUGAGUAGGGGAGUUGUAAUAUUAAAGUGGGUGAUUAAGUAUCAGCUUUAUUGAGCUGAUAUUUGAGCAAAGUUUUAAGGGAGUUGAAAGUUAACCAUGUAGUUAUCUGGGGGAAGAACAUUCCAGGCAGAGGAAACAACUAGUACAAAGACCUUAUGGCUGAAGUGUCUUUCAUAUUUGAGGAAUAGAAGGAAAAAGAAUAGCAAGAAAGGAAAAAGGAAUGAGGUCACAGAGGCAGUUGGAGUCCUGAUGUAUGGGGCCUUCAAGCGCCCUGUAAGGACUUUGGCUUUUACUUUGAGGAAAAUGGGGAGCCAUUGUGUGAUCUAAGCAGAGGGUUGAUGUGAUCUUUUUUUUUUUUUAGAGAAAGUUGCUGUGUUAAGAAUAGACUUAGCAGGAAGACCAAUUUGGAGGCUUUUACUAGGCUUCCAGGUGAUGAUGAACAGUCUACACAGAUGGCUGCAAGUUGGGAAGAUGAUAAAGUUACAGAAGCAUCUUCAAACAGUUUUGUUGCUAUUAAAAUCGAUACCAAAAGUGAAGCCUGCCUACAGUUUUCACAAAUCUACUUCAUUAAACUGUACAGAUCCUGUAGUGUGUGUUCCAUCCAGUUUCUUUAUUGGAGACAGUGGAAUUCCCUUGGAAGUAAUAGCAGGAAGUGUUUCUGCAGAUGAACUUGUUACAAGAAUUCACAAGGUCCGACAGAUGCAUUUGCUAAAAAGUGAAACAUCAGUAGCAAAUGGCAGUCAGUCAGAAAGUUCAGUGUCUACUCCAUCUGCGUCAUUUGAACCUAACAACACUUGUGAAAACUCUCAGUCCAGAAAUGCAGAGCUUUGUGAGAUACCACCCACUUCUGAUACAAAGUCAGAUACUGCAACAGGAGGAGAAAGUGCAGGCCAUGCCACUUCCUCUCAGGAGCCUAGUGGAUGCUCAGAUCAGAGACCUGCAGAGGACCUCAACAUCCGAGUGGAAAGACUAACAAAAAAACUUGAAGAAAGGAGAGAAGAGAAAAGAAAAGAGGAAGAACAGAGAGAAAUUAAGAAGGAAAUUGAGAGGAGAAAAACUGGAAAAGAAAUGUUGGAUUAUAAAAGAAAACAAGAAGAAGAAUUAACAAAAAGAAUGCUGGAGGAAAGAAACAGAGAAAAAGCAGAAGAUAGGGCAGCUCGAGAACGUAUAAAACAGCAGAUUGCAUUGGACCGUGCAGAGAGAGCUGCUCGUUUUGCAAAGACAAAGGAAGAAGUAGAGGCUGCCAAAGCUGCUGCCUUGCUAGCCAAACAGGCAGAAAUGGAAGUCAAGAGGGAAUCUUAUGCAAGAGAAAGAAGCACUGUUGCAAGAAUUCAAUUCCGUCUUCCUGAUGGUUCUUCCUUUACAAAUCAGUUCCCUUCUGAUGCUCCUCUAGAAGAGGCAAGGCAGUUUGCUGCACAGACUGUUGGCAACACUUACGGUAAUUUUUCGUUAGCAACCAUGUUUCCCAGGAGGGAAUUUACCAAAGAAGAUUAUAAAAAGAAGUUACUGGAUUUGGAACUUGCCCCAAGCGCUUCGGUGGUACUGUUGCCAGCAGGAAGACCAACUGCAUCCAUUGUACACUCUUCCAGCGGAGACAUUUGGACCUUGUUGGGAACAGUGCUUUAUCCAUUCCUUGCCAUCUGGAGAUUAAUUAGCAAUUUCUUGUUUAGUAAUCCGCCUCCCACACAGACUUCAGUGAGAGUAACAUCGUCAGAACCCCCAAACCCUGCAUCAUCUAGCAAAUCAGAAAAAAGGGAACCAGUGAGAAAAAGAGUGCUGGAAAAGCGUGGAGACGACUUUAAAAAGGAGGGGAAAAUUUAUAGAUUAAGGACUCAAGAUGAUGGUGAAGAUGAAAACAACACUUGGAAUGGAAAUUCCACUCAACAGAUGUAGUGUGACAAGUAUAAUAUGUGCAAUAAUCAUUGUUUCUCUUAUGAUUUAAUUCAACUAAAAUUCUACUGGAGAAGUGGGACUGCUUUAUAUUUUCCAACUGGUCUAUAAAAUGUCUCUUUAUUCCUGCUUAGUGGGUGUGGGUUGAAGGUGUUUAACUCAGAAAAGUAAAGACAGGAAAUAACUCUCUGCUAGGUCCUUGCUUAUAUGGCAACCACUGCUAGAACCCUAAAAGAACCAAAAAGUCUGCCGCAGCCUGCCUCCAUCAGCUUCUUAUUUAGUAUUUCAUAUGCCCAUUAGCCCUAUGCUUCAGAUGACACGUUUUGUUUAGAGCUACUUUGCUCCAAGACUCUUAAGCCCAAAGUAACUGGUAUGUCACUGAGUAACUUGACUCGGUGUCAGAGCAUUUUAACUAGCCACUCAGAUGAGAAUUUAUGUUUAACUUCUCUUUUUACUCAUCAGCUGCAAGCAAAAUCUUGUAGUUUUUAAUCUUAAACACUGAAUAAAAAAACUUUCCCCUAAAUUGGAAUGAUCUUAGUUUUGCUUUGAGUUUUGUUAUCUAGCAUCUUUUUGUUGCACAGGGCUCUAUUGAGGUCCUAUGUCUCUGAUUUUUUUUUCCCCCAGUAUUGCCCUGGAGCUGUCUCUGGAAAGUAGCUGGCUAGGUUACCUUAACUAUCACUGAAGAAAGAAAUUUUCUGACACACUGAUGGCAUGUGACUUGUCUCCUAAGUCAGUGAGGCAUCACUUUGUUUGCAUAAAGUAUACGGUUUGCUAAGGCCUUUGUUCUUGUGAGAUGCAAAACAGCUGCUAGUCUGCAACCUAGUUUUCCCUCUCACCUUUAACUGAAGUUUUGUCCUCAAUAAUUACACAAGGACCUAGAGUACCUAUAGGACAAAAAGUAUAGAAUAAAAAUAUGCCUUUAGUCAUUUGGUUUUUCUUAAAAAGUUGAGAUUCUUAAUCUGACUUAGAUGUUACUUUAUCCAUAUGUCUUUGUUAGUGGAGACCGCUAAACUAAUGAUGUUUGAAAACAGUUCCUCUGUUUUAGAUUGGAAGAUAGCACUCUAGAGUGGACAUACGGAAAGACUGUGACUUUAUUUUGUAAUGGGAGGAAGAAAUUUUCUCAGAGCAAACUUUCUGUUUUUUACCUGUGAAAUAACAGUGACUUUUAAAAAUGGUGACAGUGUUGGCAAGGAAACAGCAACACAGGCUGCGCUGUUGGUAGGAGUGAAAACCAGUAUAAUUCUUCUGAAAAACAUUUAUCAGAAACUUAAAAUAUUUCAUACCGUUUGAUCCAGUAGCUUCUUCUAAAUCAUAAAUGCAGACAAUGUUUAGGUAAAGACAUACUCAUUAAGUGUUAUUUAUUUUACUCAAGAACUGGAAACCAACUAAAUGCCUUCUAUAGAAGUAAUUUUUGAUGAGGAGAAAUGGUACAAUACUAAUUAACAACUUGGUUUAACAUGUUUACUGAGCAUCUGUUAAGUGUUGGGGGAAAAAGCAGCAGGAUCUAUAGGUAUAGGUACAGUGUGAUCUCAGCUUUGCAAACACAUUUUCUACAUAGAUAGUACUAGGUAUUAAUAGAUAUGUAAAGAAAGAAAUCACACCAAAACAUUAAUAAUGGUAAGAUUGGUUUAUGUGAUUUUAGUGGUAUUUUUGGCACCCUUAUAUAUGUUUUCCAAACUUUCGGCAGUGAUAUUAUUUCCAUAACUUAAAAAGUGAGUUUGAAAAAGAAAAUCUCCAGCAAGCAUCUCAUUUAAAUAAAGGUUUGUCAUCUUUAAAAAUACAGCAAUAUGUGACUUUUUAAAAAAGCUGUCAAAUAGGUGUGACCCUACUAAUAAUUAUUAGAAAUACAUUUAAAAACAUCGAGUACCUCAAGUCAGUUUGCCUUGAAAAAUAUCAAAUAUAACUCUUAGAGAAAUGUACAUAAAAGAAUGCUUCGUAAUUUUGAAGUAGGAGGAUCCCUCCUCAAUUUUGUAUUUUUAAAAAGUACAUGGUAAAAAAAAAAAUUCACAACAGUAUAUAAGGCUGUAAAAUGAGAAUUCUGCCCCCUCACCUCUUACCCCAGUACUAUUCUCCAGAGGUAAUCUAUUAACAAUUUCUUAUGUAAUUUUCAGAAAAUUUGUAUGCGUAUAUAAGCAAAUAUGUAAUCUUUAUUUUUUAAAUAAAUGGGAUCAUAUUAUAUAUUCUA